AUGCAACAAACGGAGUCGGGUGUGGCCUCUUCGGAGGCCGACGUCGCUCUUAAGGCGAUGUACGUCAUCAACCGUAGAGGUGAAAGGGAAGAGGUGCAAUUCGACCGCAUUCUGAAUCGCAUUCGGAAGCUGUCAUUCGGUCUCCACAGCCUCGUCGACGCUCCGCGGGUCACACAAACCGUCAUCAAUGGGAUGUAUUCAGGAAUCCGCACUUCCCAGCUCGACGAACUUGCGGCGCAAACGUGUGCGUACAUGGCCGCAAUGCAUCCUGACUAUUCUAAGCUGGCAGCACGCAUCGUUGUCGACAACCUCCACAAGAACACCAAGGAUGACUACGGUGAGGUGGUUACCGCCCUGUUCAAGUACAAGUACAUAUACGACAGCAAUGCAUCUCUGAUCAGCGAGGAAGUCUACAACUUCAUUAUGGAGAACAUCGAUCGCAUCAACGCCGAAAUCGACUACACACGGGACUUCCAAUAUGACUACUUCGGUCUGAAGACUUUGGAACGAUCGUACCUUCUUCGCAUAGACGACAAAAUUGUGGAACGCCCACAACACAUGCUCAUGCGUGUUGCGGCGGGUAUACACUGUGGCGAUCUUGAACGCACCAUCCAGACAUAUCACUUGAUGAGCCAGAAAUAUUUCACACACGCAACUCCGACGCUGUUCUUUUCGGGAACGCAAAGGCCACAGAUGUCUAGUUGCUUCUUGCUUGACAUGAAGGAUGAUUCUCUCGCUGGAAUAUUCGACACGUUGACACAAUGUGCCUUCAUAAGCAAGUGCGCUGGUGGAAUCGGUCUGUCGUGCCACAAAAUCAGGGCUAGCGGUGCUUACAUUCGCGGCACAAACGGCAAGAGCAACGGUAUCGUGCCCAUGUUGCGUAUUUUUAAUGCAACUGCGCGUUACGUAGACCAGGGUGGCGGGAAGCGUAAGGGUUCCUUUGCCAUUUACCUGGAGCCGUGGCACGCUGAUAUUAUGGACUUUUUGGAUUUGCGUAAGAAUCACGGAGCAGAGGACACCCGAGCGCGCGACUUGUUUUACGCGCUCUGGAUUCCUGACCUAUUCAUGAAGCGUGUGGAGGCCAACGGCGAUUGGACCUUGAUGUGCCCAGAUGAGUGCCGUGGUCUUUACGAGGUUUGGGGAGACGAGUUUGAGGCGCUCUACACGAAGUAUGAAAAGGCCGGUAUGGGUCGUAAGACCAUCCCUGCCCAGACGCUCUGGUUUGCCAUACUACAGAGUCAAAUCGAAACAGGGACUCCGUUUAUGCUUUACAAAGAUGCUUGUAACGCCAAGUCGAACCAGCAGAAUCUCGGGACUAUCAAGUCUUCCAAUCUCUGCUGUGAAAUUGUGCAGUACACGUCACCGGAGGAGGUUGCUGUCUGCAAUCUGGCUUCAAUUGCGCUGCCUAUGUAUGUGAACAAAGAAACGAAGACUUAUGACUUUAAGAAACUAUACGAGGUCUCCCGUGUAAUCACGUACAACCUCAACAAGGUCAUUGACAGGAACUACUACCCAGUACCAGAGGCGAAGGUGUCCAACCAUCGCCACCGACCCAUCGGUGUUGGUGUGCAGGGUCUGGCUGAUACGUUCAUGCUCAUGAGGUACCCAUUCGAAUCUGAGGAGGCCAAAGAGUUGAACCGCCGCAUUUUUGAAACGAUAUACUACGGUUGUCUGGAUGAAUCCAUAUCACUGGCGGAGCGCGAUGGUCCAUAUGAGACGUACCAUGGCUCUCCAGCAUCGCAGGGCAAGCUCCAGUUCGACCUCUGGGGUGCAACUGUGGAUAACAAGUUGUGGGAUUGGGACGAUCUUAAGCGUCGUAUGGCUAAACACGGAUUGCGCAAUUCGCUAUUCCUCGCACCUAUGCCAACUGCGUCGACGUCACAGAUCCUUGGAAACAACGAAUCUUUUGAGCCAUACACCAGUAACAUCUACUAUCGUCGGGUGCUUAGCGGCGAAUUCUUCGUGGUUAACCCCCACCUGCUGCGCGAUCUAGUGGAUCUGGGACUUUGGGAUGAAAACAUGAAGCAGAAACUCAUCGCCUAUAAUGGUUCCCUGAGACACAUCGAGGGCAUACCGCAACACAUCAAAGACCUGUACAAAACAGUUUGGGAGAUCAAGCAGAAGAACAUUAUCGACAUGGCGGCGGACCGUGGCAUAUUCAUCGACCAGUCGCAGUCGCUUAAUAUCUACAUCGAGCAGCCGACAUUUGGCAAGCUCACCAGUAUGCACUUCUACGGGUGGAAGAAAGGAUUGAAGACGGGUGUUUACUACCUGCGCACGCAGCCGGCUACUGAUGCCAUUAAGUUCACUGUUGACACCAAUCUGAGCCAAAUGGCCAAGGCUGCCAACCAGGGCCCGCGGCCCAAAAUGGCAGAGGUGCUUUCUACAACUGACGGAUCGGCGGUGUCCGUUGAUGAAAUUGCUGGAUUCCCGGUAUGCAGAUUGCGCACCGACCCCAACUCCAACGAGCCAUGCACUAUGUGCUCUGGUUAA